AUGAAGUGGUCUAUCACCAUUCUGUCCCUGGUCUUGGUGCCGUAUGCCGCAGAAGCGGCUCCGGUAGAAGAGUUCGUCAAACGAGGAACCUCUCCUACAGUUACCAUUGCAGCACCAUCUGCUACUAUUGUUGGCUCUACAUAUGGCAAUGUUGAUACAUUUAAUGGUAUCCCCUUUGCCAAACCACCCACGGGCUCUUUAAGACUUAGACCCCCACAAGCCCUAACUUCCGGAUUGGGAACAGUAACUGCCACGGGCACAGCACAGUCGUGUCCUCAGAUGUUUUUCUCAGCUUCCUGGAGCAGUUUGACUGGCAUUCUUGGGGAGCUUCUUAACACCCCUCUUUUUCAAGACAUCACCGAUGCUGGCGAGGAUUGCUUGACGGUAAAUGUUGUUCGACCAAAAGGCGCCAGCUCUACAUCCAAGUUACCGGUCCUGUUCUGGAUAUUCGGUGGCGGAUUCGAGCUCGGAGGAACUUCAACGUAUAAUGGCGCGACAAUUGUAGAGAAUGCUAUUGCAAACGGGAAACCCAUUGUCUUUGUUGCUGUCAACUACCGCGUUGGCGGGUUUGGGUUCCUGGCCGGCAAGGAGAUUCUGGCGGACGGCUCCAGCAAUCUGGGCCUUCUCGACCAGAGACUUGGUCUUCAAUGGGUUGCAGAUAAUAUUGCACAAUUCGGUGGGGAUCCCACCAAAGUGACGAUUUGGGGUGAAUCGGCGGGAUCCAUCUCAGUCUUGGAUCAGAUGCUUUUGUACGACGGUGAUAAUAUAUAUAAGGGUCAACCAUUAUUCCGUGGUGCAAUUAUGAACUCUGGCAGUAUUGUGCCUACGAGCCGAGUGGAUGGUGAUGCCGCACAGAAAGUGUAUGAUUCGGUUGUUUCUGCUGCUGGUUGCUCAUCGGCAAGUAACACUUUGGAAUGUCUUCGGGGACUUGACUAUACCGCUUAUCUCAAUGCAGCCAAUUCUGUGCCUGGUAUUCUCAGUUACAAUUCUGUUGCUCUCUCAUAUCUCCCCAGGCCAGAUGGUACUGCUCUCACCGACAGUCCGGAGAUUUUAAUCAAAGAAGGAAAAUAUGCACCAGUUCCAUUCAUCGUUGGCGACCAAGAGGACGAGGGCACGUUAUUUGCCCUUUUCCAAUCCAACCUCACCACCACCCAGCAAGUAAUCGACUAUCUUCAGUCCAUAUUCUUCUCAUGGGACGGAAACCAGACCAUCGUCGAAGGACUCGUCAAAAUCUACCCAGACGACAUUGCCUUCGGCUCCCCCUUCAGGACAGGCAUCUUAAAUAACUGGUACCCUCAAUUCAAACGUCUAGCCGCUAUUCUCGGCGAUGCAGUAUUCACCCUGACCCGCCGCGCAUUUCUGAAUCUGGCCACUGCUGCCAACCCAAAUGUACCAAGUUGGUCCUAUCUUUCCUCGUACGACUACGGUACCCCUAUUCUCGGCACGGGUCAUGGGACGGAUAUUUUGCAAGUGUUUUAUGGAAUUUUGCCGAACUAUGCUUCCAAAUCGAUUUGGUCUUAUUACCUCUCGUUCGUAUAUGAGCUGGACCCCAAUGCUAAUACGACAUAUCCCAAUUGGCCGCAGUGGAGUGCGGGGAAGCAGUUGAUGAAUUUCCAAGCUAAUAGUGCUAAAACUGUAGCGGAUAAUUUCCGCCAGACACAGUACGAUGUUGGUGCUGCAGCAAACCUCUGA